GUACCUUUGCGAGGAAGAUUCAAACAAAAUGUCCACAUUCAAUGGCUUAGAAAUAACAGCAGCCUCAAUAUUCGCCGCGCUAGCCAGCGAAGGAGCCAUCCACCCAAUGGACACAGUAAUAACACGCAUGCAAUCUCCAAUGUACAGCAGCGUCUACAAGCAUCUAAACGGCACACUCAGCCGCACCCUCUUCAGCGGGCUGUACCAAGGUUUCGGACCAACCUUCAUCGCAGGGACAAUUUCAUCAGCUGCUUUCUUCACAGCAUACGAAGCCUCAAAGACAGCGUUUGACAAUGCACAGUCCGCUGGAUAUAUGCUCGGCGUCCCGCGGCCGCUGAUUCACGCUACUAGCAGUGCUGUCGCUGAAUUGCUCGCCUGCGCUAUCCAGAACCCGGCUGAGGUAUUGAAGCAGAAUGCUCAGGUUGUUCAGCGACCGCUUAAUGCUAAAAAGGGUCCGUCUCCGACGAUGGAGAUGGUGCGUCAGUUUCGGAAAUAUCCUUCGGGGUUGUGGGCUGGGUAUGGUGCUCUAGUGGCGAGUCAAUUACCGAGUAUGUGUCUUACGUUUUGUUUGUAUGAGAUGUUCAAGGAGGAUUUGCUUGAGCGGUGGAAGACAGAAAAAAACGAUAUUAGGCAGCAGCUUGAGGCGACUGUUUUGGGUGCUGGUGCUGCGGGGGGUUGUGCGUCUUGGUUUUUUGUUCCUAUUCAUGUGGUCAAGACGAGGAUGAGGCUUGCGGUUGGUGAACAGACAGGCAAGGGAAACCCUGGUUUGGCAUCCCGUGUCGGGGCAUUUGCUAUUGCUCGAGAUGUGCUGCGGAAGGAGGGGGUAGCUGGGUUGUUUAGGGGAUCUGCUUUGACCUGCGUGGCAGCGAUUUUGGGAAGUGGACUCUAUAUUGGGUGUUAUGAAGGGGCUAAGAUAUACUUGUGCAAUUAUCAAACCUCAUAGCUGGCACGGCU